AUGGCCUGCAACAGCCUCUGCCGUCCCUGCGGACCCACCCCGCUGGCCAACAGCUGCAACGAGCCCUGUGCCCUGCAAUGCCAGGAUUCCCACGUCAUCAUCAACCCUUCCCCUGUGCUGGUCACCCUGCCAGGACCCAUCAUGACCUCCUUCCCCCAGAACACCGCCGUCGGAUCCACCUCCUCCGCUGCUCUGGGCACUGAGCUCAAUGCCCAGGGACAGCCCAUCUCUGGGGGAUUUGGCUUUGGCCUUGGCUAUGGCCUGGGAGGCCUGGGCUGCUAUGGCAGAAGGGGCUAUGGCUCCAUCUGCUAA